UCCACAGUCGACUUCAGUUGGUUUCAGACCGACGAAGGAAGGUCGUCGCGUGCGCGUUACGGGCGGUGUGUUUGUGCGUCGCGUCACCUUCAUGUCUCGGCCGCGUUAUCGUCACCGUUGUCAUCUCGAUUCGCGAGGUAUCGUCCGAUAAGACGAAGGAGUGCGUAAAAAAGAACAGAGAAAAAAAGAAUCGCGAGAGAACACGCUUUCGGCCGCGACGCCGAAUUCUCCGGUCGCGCCCCGGUACCCUCUCACGCUCAAUAAUGAGGGACAUGGCAGGUAAGAUCGCCGAGUUGAAGUUCGAGGCACCUCUCGCGCGCUUCGAGGAGGAGGACACCGCCAGUCUGAAGAACAUGAACCUUUUGACAGAGCAAUUAUUGGACGCCAGUCUGGACGCGAGUUUCGGCGAGAAUUGCAACGCGAAUGAACCACCUACGACACACGAAAAUGGCACUGACAUCCUUCAGGAGGGAACGUUCAGCCCGUUCAGCGGCAGUCUCGAGGAUCUCGUCAACACCUUCGACGAGAAGAUCACGUCUUGCUUCCGCGAUUAUGGCACCGACGUGGAAUCGCUAGCACCAGUGCAGGUGCGAACGCAGGAGGAGAUCAUGAACGAGUGCCAGAUGUGGUGGACGAUCACAGGAACUUUUGGAAAUAUAUUGCCGAUCGACUGGAGCAAAUCCUACGCGAGGAAAAUGCAUAUGCCUGCGUUGAAUCUGAAUGAAGCUCCCGCUUCGACAGAAAGACCGGAACUAGAGGAUUUAAGUAGCGAAGACGAGGCGGUUGCGACAGAUUUGGACAUGCAUGCUUUAAUCUUAUCCAGCAGUACUGAUACUCAUAGUCCGGAGGAGCCACUCAAGACCGCCGAGGAAGUUCUUCGUGAAAUAGAUGACAUAAUGCAGGAAAGUCCAUCAAUGGAAAGAUCGCCGGAUUCCGAGGAUUCCAUGUUAGAUAGCGACGAAGCUUUGGAAAGAAGUAGAGAAGUACUUGGAUCACCGCUUCAUGAAAAGAAAUUAAAGCAACUCUCCUCCAGUCAACUGACUGAACUUUUCGGGGAGAUGGAAUCCUUGGUUGCGGCCUUGAGCGAAACUCUGAUCGCCGAGCUUGCACUUAGAGAUGAAUUAGAGUACGAGAAGGAACUUAAGAACCAGUUCAUCUCUUUACUGUUGGCAGUGCAAAAUCGACGUAGGCAGCAUCACGUUACGAAGAAGCGAAAUCAAAUGCAGAAUGGUACUAGUCCGUUACCACAACAUAGGUCUUUGCAAGAGCCAAAGUACCUGACGACUGUUAUUCCAUAUCAUACAGACAGCGGUCCGCCAGACAAUCAAGCUUUGCAAGUACUUAUUAAAAUACUAAAGGCCAUUAGCGAGGAUAGUCCAACAGUACCCACCUUGCUAACGGAUUAUAUACUCAAAGUGUUAUGUCCGACUUAAGGAAGGAUAUAUCGAAAAAAAACGUGAAACGUCAGCAAAAUACCACGUGCUCUCUUCUUCUUGCCAGUACGCUUUCUGCCGUCAUUGUGCCGCAUGUGUAAUUAGCUUAUAAGUUGUAUCUCGGUCACACUCGAUUAUUGUAUUGGCUGCAGAAGUAGAUAAAGUCUCCGAUAUUCUAUCUAGUCUUAAUUUAUACAUUACGAUAUGUACAUUACUUGCUUAAGGUAUCGUAAGUAUAUUUUUAAUAACUCGCGUGUAAUACACAUGUGUUAUUGACUCGCAUAAAUCGUACAUUAUUCUUACGGUUUUCAUAUUUAUAUUGUACCAUGAUUCACAUAUAAAUUCAGUUUUGUAUUUUUUUUUCUUGUACAUAAGAAUCUCAAAGAGAGGCUUUCUUAUAUGCAGAGCCAUCGCAAAGGCAGCACAGAGCUCCUUAUUUAGGGUCUUACGAAUUGCUACUUGUGUAGAUCAGUUUCUACUUAAGAAAUUCGAAUGUGUAUAUUGUUGUAAUAGCUCUAGUAUAGCUUAUAUAGAGAUACUCUUCAUUCACCGAUGUCACGCGCAAAAAAGGAUAUUAAAAUCUUACAGUCAGUUAAAUUAUUCGCGCCCUCACCAUACGAUAAUGUAAUUGUUCUCACGCAACAUGCAAAAGCUCGAGACACUUGUGUUCGUUAAAGCGAAAAAUAAAUUCCACAAAUUCUCACUACUCUCGAA